UGAAAAAGAAAAUUGGAAAAAUAACCUGACCUCUGAGUCUACGACCUGGUGGCACUUUGGUCCUUCUCCGCUCUCUCUCACGCGUCUUCUUUCUCUCCCCCCUCUCUCAAUCGAGCUCACAUGAAGCAGUUUCAUUUGGGAAUCCCCUUUUUCGCCAACGAACUUGUUUGAUUCUCAAGUUCCAGCCAGCUUCCUUCUAGUGCCGCCAAGUAGGGACUAGGGAUGAGGGGUUUCAUUCACCAUUUUCAAUACUUAGCUGAAACACUCUCUUUGUAUUACCCGGAGGCAUAUCACUCCAUAUCUGCCGAAUUCAUUGCUCUUGCUUUUUGCUUAUUUCCUUGAGGAGUUUAUUGGCUUCCUCUUCUGCCAGAUCAUGCUUGCUUAAGCUCUUAAGUUGAGAUCAGUGUUUGACAAAGUCAACUUGACAUCCAUCACUCAGAAAGAAAGACAGAAGCAGAAUUGAUGUAAAUUGUCUGAUGGGGCGACCUUCCAUCUAAAUCGAAUUUGCUGCGAUCUGAUCUGGGAUAUUGUUUGCAGAAUUUACAAUGGACUCUAUUCAAAAUAAAGUUCAUUACUGUUGUGUUUCUAAGGGUAAUCACAUCCUGUACGCAUAUAAUGGUGGAGACCAAGAACUUGAGAAUGUGGCAACCUUGUGCUUGGAGAUGGCUCCUCCUUUCCACAGGUGGUAUUUUGAGACCCUAGGUAGAAAGACUUACGGAUUUCUCAUGGAGGAAGGGCAUGCUUACUUUGCAAUUGUUGAUGAAGGUGUCGGUAACUCUCAAGUUCUUCGGUUUUUGGAGCAUGUCAGGGAUGAAUACCGAAAGCUAGCUAGAAAGGGUUCGAGGGGCAAAUUACAAAACACGAAUUCAACUCACAUUCAGGAAAAACUGGUUCCUGUCAUUCAGAAUCUGAUUACUUCAUUGGAGAGUGUCUCACAUGGCAGCAAUCGGAGGGAUCGAACUUGCUCAUCUUUUCAUGCCAACUUGUCUCCUUCACCAAGUAACUUGAAUAGACAAAUUGAAGGUGCUAGUUCAACAAAAGCUCCUCUAUUGGGAAAAUCUAGCAAGCCAGAGAAAAAGAAAAUAAAGGAUCAUGUGAUUGCUAUGAGAGAUCUUGAGUUAGAGGAGCAUAGAAAAUCCACAGACAGAGGACCAAAGGCUGAUUUAGGAAAUCUGGAUUGCAUUAGCCAAGGUGGUGCAGGUGCAUCGCCCUCUUUGCAAAAGGAUAUGGGUUCAAUGAGGAUGAGAUCAGGCCCUCAAAACAUUCGCAAGAAAUGGUGGCACCAAGUACGCAUUGUUCUAGCAAUUGAUGCAGCUGUAUGUAUAGUAUUAUUUAUCAUCUGGUUAUUUAUAUGCCGUGGCUUAUCCUGCAUUCGAUAGAGUUAAAUCUCUUGUGACGUAACUCUGUCUAAAUUAUUAUCACGUUGGAAUUGAGAUCUUCCAUGCAUGAUCUGAUCAACAACAGAGAUCAGUUUCUCUGUGGAGCAUGUUGGUGGAAGUUACAUAUUUGUCUUCUCACAGAGACGUUUUCUGCUUAUAAGGCAUGUGCUUCUUUCUGGUCACCCAUUUAUCGCCAUUUUAAUUCAAAUGUUCACUGUACAGCUUCGCCUAUUUUUAAAGUGCAUGUAUAUGAAUUUUGGAUAUUGGGAAGAAUUUAAAGUGAUUAUUAGUAAGUAUAUCUUUUUUAGGUAAUUAUUGUUUUCUAGUAUAGAGGACUACUAUUAUCAAGUACCUUUUUUGUUAAGCAAUAAACUUGCUUGAGAAUUU